CUCCGUCCGCUCCUCGCUGCCGCUCAGCAGCCUGCCCGGCGGGCCGCGCCACUCCAUGGCGACCCACAGCCCCUGCAUCGUGAUUGGCGAUGAUGAACAAGGUUACGACCUGGACUUGUUCUGCAUACCGAAACAUUAUGCGGAUGAUCUGGAGAAAGUCUAUAUUCCUCAUGGGCUCAUCAUGGACAGGACAGAGAGACUGGCACGUGAAAUUAUGAAGGGCAUGGGAGGACACCACAUUGUAGCUCUCUGUGUACUGAAGGGCGGCUAUAAAUUUUUUGCUGAUUUGUUAGACUACAUCAAAGCACUGAACAGAAACAGUGACAAAUCAAUCCCCAUGACUGUGGACUUCAUUAGGUUGAAGAGUUACUGUAAUGAUCAGUCAACUGGAGAUAUAAAAGUCAUUGGUGGGGAUGAUCUCUCAACCUUGACUGGAAAGAACGUUUUAAUUGUAGAAGACAUCAUUGAUACUGGGAAAACAAUGAAAACGUUGCUGUCUCUACUAAAGCAGUACAAUCCAAAGAUGGUGAAAGUGGCCAGUUUGUUGGUCAAAAGAACUCCUCGAAGUGUGGGAUAUCGACCAGACUUUGUUGGAUUUGAAGUGCCAGACAAAUUUGUUGUGGGAUACGCCCUCGAUUACAAUGAAUACUUCAGAGAUUUGAAUCAUAUCUGUGUGAUCAGUGAGACGGGGAAGCAGAAGUACAAAGCAUGAAAGCACGGUUGAAGUGCUCUGACUACAAAGCUUUGAAAUGUUUUGUUUACCAAGUCCUAUCUCUCACUGGCUUCAACUCUGGUACACCAGCUGAAAUUGUAGAACGCCCCGUCGCCAUACGCUUACUGUAACUUAUUGCAUGUACAAUAUCAGAAUCUCGUCUUGUUCAUUUAUAUUAUAGAAAUGUAAACAACCAGUGCAGUUCUGCACUCCUUAUUUUGAUUUGCACUAUGACUCUACCGACUAUUGCUGCCCCUGGUUGGGUUGUGCUGUUUGUGAGCUCCAGAGUCUAACUCUUGCAGUGGUAAAUUGCUUAAACCUCAUCAACCCAGAACUGAAAUAGUUCGAGUACUGUAAAUGUAAAACAUUUUAUGAUAGGGAAGUCUAUUAGUAAUAUUUUUUAAAAGCUGUAAUUUAAGUUUUAUAUUUUAAUUCACAAAUGUGAUUGUGAUUAAAGGAUAGUUGCACCUUUGGGUGUUAUGGAACAUGAGAAGCAGCCAGUUACAGUAUCUGUAAUCUCCAGGGAGCCACUGACACCUCCUGGAGUUGCCUUAUUGCUGUAAAAAGGAGUCUGGGUAAAAAACAAUGUCUUUUUUUUUUUUUUUUUUCUUUUUCUGAGAUGGAAUGACAGAAUGUUUGAACUCUAGUUUUAGUUGAGCUGCCUGUUUCUUUCAGAUUUUUUUUUUUUUCUUUAAAAAUAUCCAUCAGACAGUGAAAUUGCCUUUUAAAUUUAAACAGUUUUAAUAUAUUUGUGGGAAAAAAGAAGAAAAAGUAUUGUAAUGUUUACUUUCUAAGAACUACAAAGCAAAGUACUUUAAAUAAAGGCUCUCUCUUUAAAAUACCCCCCACACA